GCAGAAAUAACAUGAGUAAAAGGUGGACUGCACAAAAUAUAAAUAAUAAGAUAAAAUAAAAGUAUUGGAAUAAAUACAAAAUAUAUUCUAUGAUCAGAUACCUGCACAUGUAGACCAUACAUUCUUUUAUGGACCAUUGUGACUUUUACUAUAUAUUCUAUAUUAUUUGCAAGUAUGGUAUCGUCACCAGUUAGCAGUAUGUUUCUGGUAGAUGUGUGGCAACUAUUGAAGCUGAUUAUUGAAAGUGGCAAGUGAUAUUCCAUGUGUCUGAGUAGCUAUAGGACAGUAGGACAACUUCCGACCUAAUUAAACUAAACCUCGUCACCAUUCAGGUCAAUACUCUACUGAAAUAGAAAGAAAAAAAGUCAGAAAUGUUCUUUUUGGCCCAGAUCUGAACUGUUACCCAGACAGUGAUAGAGUGUCGGAGUGAUUGAUUGUAGUGUCGAGGCUCUGCUUGAAGGUGAACUUACUCAUUUUGCUGCUGACCAAGUGAAACAAGAUUUAGAGCCUGUUUGUGACCCUGGUCUAUUCAUGUCAUUCAUGGAUUCCCCGGAUUAAAUGCUCUUUGCUCUCUAUUUUAAAGCCACAGCCACACGUCCCAAUUGCUCAGGUAUGAAAGCGCGUCUCCUGCAGCUGACCCGCGGGUGCUUGCAAAUAACGGGACAUCUUUCGCAGUCCCCCCCUCUUCUCUAUCUCUCCCGACCUCCCCCGCAGAGAUUCCUGUCUGCGCGUUCACGUCUCCUGAAAUGCGCGCCAGCCGCGGUGGCCGAGGACAGCAGCGGCAGCCUGGCGCAGUUGAGCGAACAAGAGUCGUUAUUUUUAGCGCACGGCUCGUUCCGCGCGGCGUCUAGGUCGCUGGAAGCUUUUCCUCCAUCUCUCUGCGCCACAUUUCGCAGGGGAGAGCUGCGCCACGCGCCGAUCCGAGCGCAGAGUUGCGGGCUGCAAGGAAGCGAGGGGGAAGAUAGCGGACGGAGAGCCGGGAGGGUGGGGGGGAGCAACGCCACACAUCCGAGGGGAGCUUUAUCACAUUUCACCGUAACAUCACACUUCAGCCUCGGUUGAACGGCCUGCUCGGAGAUGGCUAGUCCCGGAGCGUGUCGAGAUCCCCCGAGCGUCCCGGAGACACCGGAGCCGAGCCAUCCCGAACCAGCCUGCCAGGAGGCACAGAAAUGGAUAGAGGCUGUAACCGGGAAGGACUUUGGAGAAAAGGACUUCCGCAGUGCGCUGGAGAACGGCAUCCUGUUGUGCGAGCUGCUGAGUGCAAUCAAGCCGGGGCUGGUCAAGAAGAUCAACAGACUGCCCACCCCCAUCGCUGGACUGGACAACCUGUCAGUCUUUCUGCGGGGCUGCGAGGAGUUGGGCCUGAAGGGCUCCCAGCUGUUUGACCCCGGGGACUUACAAGACACUUCCAUGCGAGCUAACCUCAAGGACUCCGACUGCAACCGCAAACUAAAAAAUGUGCUGAACACAGUGUUCUGGCUGGGGAAGGCUGCCAGUGGCUGUGCCUCCUACAGCGGUCCAACUCUCAACCUCAAGGAGUUUGAAGGGCUUCUAGCCCAAAUGAAGGUGGAGACCGAGGAAGGAGGAGACAGUCCCCAGAAGCGCAGUGUUAGAGACAGCGGCUACGACUGCUGGGACUCUGAGAGGAGUGACUCUCUGUCUCCACCACGGCACACUCGAGACAACUCCCUAGACAGCUUGGAUUCUUUUGGCUCCCGCUCACAGCACAGCCCUUCUCCUGACGUGGUGAAUCGAGGCAACAGUGACGGGCGAGGCAGCGACUCGGAGGCUGACGCCCCCAGCAGGAAGCCAGAUGUGCGGAAGGAUGACAUGUUGGCCAGACGGACUGCCAGCGGUGAAUCGAGACACUCCAUCCCGUUUAACCAGUUUCUUCCUAACCGGACCAAUGUCAGCUCCUACAUCCCGGCCCCUCGAAGAAAGACUCACACAGAGGAAGGGGAGCAGCGGAGUCACCCCCAAGAGCCAGGCAAAAGAACUGGGCCACAACACAAAACUCCCAAGACUGUCACUUGGGCGCUUGAGAACAAUGGGGAAAAAACAAAACAGGAAGAGGAAGUGGUCACCCAGGACGUGUUGGAGCAGAGGAGGUUGCAGAAGCUGGAGAAGGCAGGAAUCAAAGUCCUUCCUGCUGCCGUUCGAUACAGCAGCCCUCCUGCAACGGAGGAAAAGGCGCCGCGGUCACCAUCCCCGAACAUCAUCCUUCGCUGUGAUAAUGAAUUUUUGAGCUCUCAGAAAUCUGCUUGGGACUCCUGCUCUGACGGGGAAGAGGAGGCAGAGGUACGGAAAGUUCCCGAUGUUCGCAAAGAUGACCUGGCAUCCAGACGGGCCCGACGAGGCCCUGUUGCUCCCAGGGUGCAUCAGUUCGUCCCUCCUCCUUCGUGUAGCAGCAAAGACAGAGAGCGUUGGGAGGGCAUCAGACGAGCCUCACAGCAAACGCUGCAGGAGAAGGAGAAGGAGAAGGAGAUCAGUGAAAAGGAAGCAGUGCCAGACAUCAUUACACGAAGAGACAACCCCUUCCUAAACUCUGCCCCUCGCCGCGAGGAAGAGGAGGAUGAGGAAGAAGUGGGAGAAGAGGGGAAGGUUAAAGUGAUGCCAAAUAAGCAGAAGGACGACCUGGCUCGUAGGCGGGCCCAGAGUAGGCCCCUCCCACACAGGGACGGGCCAAUGAGCUUUGUGUCUUCAUCAAUGAGCUGGGCAGAUAUGCAGAAGUGGGAGAGACUCAAGAUGACUGAACCAAGUGAGGCUAGCCCGGCCCCUGUGUGUCAGGAUUGUCUGGAGAAAAAUUAUGGAGGUCCUUUCAGCGGAUCAGCAAAGGCUGGACGAGGUCACAGCAAAGUUGUGACCUUUGGGGGCGUGACUGAGAUUGAGAAGCCUAUAGGCACACUCAUGUCAAGUGAAGGGGAAGAGACGGAGUCGCUUAGACGACUCCUUUCCAAGGCAACCGUAGCCAUGCCUACCAUUCGCCUGGGCUCCCAGCUUUCAGAGCGGGAACGCAGCCAGGUAGACGGAGCUGACCCUGAUCAGACCGCCCCUACCUCUGCUGAGCUCCCACCCCGGACACCUGACGCCCCCCCGACUCCCGCUGAAAUAGAUGCUCGUUUGGCUCAGUAUGAGCAGAGAGCAGCGGAGGAGGAGGAGGAUGACGAUGAGGAAGAAGAGAGAAUCCCGGAUCUUCAGAAAGAUGAUAUGAUGGCAAGGAGGACGGGGGUUUUCCAUAAACAAAUCUCUGCACCGGGGAUUUACAACCGUUUCCUGCCUCUGCCCGGCUCCAAGCGCUGCAUCCAAGGGGAGGUCACGACAGAUGCUGCUCCGCGGAACAAAAAGGAAGUGCAGUCAGACAGGAGCAAGAAACUCAAUGUCAGGACUUUCUGUCACAGAGCGGAGGAUCAGCAGCCUAAAAUUCCCAUGGAAACGCCUCAACAGCAGCUUGAGACAACGGUGGUCAGAGCAACGUCUCGCAACGAACGUGAAUACGAUAAUGAUGAGGAUGAGUAUGAUGAAAAUGAGCCGGUGCCUGACCCGGAGAAGGAUGACAUGAUGGCUCGACGAACCAGGUUGUUCAACAAAGCAAGUGCACCAAGAACAAAUCAGGGUUUCAAUCAGUUCCUGCCUUUACCUGGAUCUGUCAAAUACACAGUCAGUCCAGUGUCUGCAAUGAAGCCGCUUCACAGCAGACCUAAAGUCACAGAGAAGGUGGAGAGUGAAAGCAACAUUGUUACCGUGGCUGCAGAAGCUCAUGUCCCGACCUCCAAAGCCCCAACCGGCCCCUCCCGUGCAGGGCUGAGAGAGAAGCUGCCCACGGAGGAGAAGCACCAAAUGGGGGAGAUGCUGACCCCUAAUGCUACCGUCACACUGGUGGCUGAACCUCCAUCUUCUCCUCCACUCAUUCCUCCACCCGUUGCUGCUGCUGCUGUUGCUGCUGCCCAGACCUGUAGAGUGGAGGUAGAGCUGGAAAAAAAGAGGGUUGAGGAAAGAGUUGAGGUAGAGGAGAAAAAGACAGAAAUCAAUGAGAAACAAGAGAAACCCUUCUGGCUGGAGGACGAUGAGCUACCUCCAAUGAUGAUGAGCCGACGAGUUGCUUUUAUGUCUGAGGACACAGAAAGUGUGAGUCUGGGUGAUAUGAACAACGAGGAUGAAGUGGGGCACUUACCAUCGCUGAGCCAAUCACGACACGAACGCAUGCACGAGCAGUUCAACAACUUUCAGGAAGAAGAGGAUCACUGGCAAAGCGACCUGGUUCGCUGGAAGAACCGCCGCCGCAGUGCGUCACAGGAUCUAAUAAAGAAAGAGGAAGAGAGGAAGAGGAUGGAGAAAAGGAUGAAGGAUGAGGGAGGUGAAGGAAACAAGAGGAAAAGCAUCAAGACGUACAAAGAGAUCGUGGAGGAGAAGGAGCGCAGAGAAGCAGAGCUGUGUAUAGCCUACAGAAACGCAGCGACUCCAGAGGAGGCAGCCUUGGUUUUACAGCGUUACGCUCUACGCUUCACCAUCAGUGAUGCCACACUGGACAGCCUCAAACUGCCCAGAUCCACCGCGAAACCCAAACAGGACCUAAACCAGGUGGACCAGGAACACGAGCUGACAUCACCCGAUGAAAAGGAACACAACGAAACUUCACCUGACGAAAAGGAACACAAACCAACAUCACCUGUUGAAGAAGAACACAAACCAGCAUCAUCUAUUGAAGAGGAACACAAACCAACAUCACCUGUAGAAGAGGAACACAAACCAACAUCACCUGUAGAAGAAGAACACAAACCAACAUCACCUGUAGAAGAGGAACACAAACCAACAUCACCUAUUGACAAGGAACACAAACCAACAUCACCUGUUGACAAGGAACACAAACCAACAUCACCUGUUGACAAGGAACACAAAUCAGCAUCACCUGUAGAAGAGGAACACAAACCAACAUUACCUAUUGAUAACCAUGAGAUGUCUGACUAUCUGCACAAACCAGAAUCAACUGUUUCUGAAGAGAAGCACACAAAACCUGAAGACACGGAUACAAGCUUAACUGAUAAACAAAAGAACUCAGCUGCCGUCUCCACCAGCCCACCACCACCACCAGAGAGUCCACCGUCCUCCAUCACAGACUCACAAAACGUGUCACCACAGCCACUACAUCUGAGCGAGGCACAGACCCAGCUGACAGAGUCUGUAACGACACAGAGCAUCACUCAAAUACAAGUGGUUACAGGAGAUGCACAGCUUCAGACCCAACACGCCUCACCUCUACCCACAAAGCCUGCACGCACACUCCCCCCGGCUCCACCUGUGUCCCCCAGACCUGUCCCCCUGCUGGUGGCCAAACCCUACUGUCAGCCCAGGAGCACGAUGUCUGGACACAAACCAGUCAGGAUGGACGGGCUGGUGCGAGUGAACGGAGAAGCGGUGGAGGAUUUAACUGUUUCCACUCCGCCUCCCUCCCAUCGGGACUCCCCGCUGGAGGUCAAAGCUGUUUCCUCCAAACAGACGGAGGAAGAUGUUCAACCUGUGGAGGCUGCGAAAUCUCCAGAGACAGCGGAGCAGCUGCCGCCUCCGCAGAAAGAGAAACCGGCCGCGUCUUCAGGCUCUGCCAUCAGCUCCCUGAUCGGAGGACGGAACUGUAUCAUCACAACAACUAUCGUGACAGAGCUCACGCAGACACACAUAGAGCCGCUUCACCCAGAAAGCCAAAGCAACGGACAGGUUGCGACCAGUAAUUUGUAUGAGAGACCAGCGGAGGAAAACAAUGCCCAGCCAACUGCACCUCCCAGCAGCAUGCAGGAUUAUUCUCCCACUGUCACAGAAGGACUCGAGGAGAGCAGUGUGACUAUUGAGACCCCCAUGUUGAACUUGGCUAAACGUGUUAAUCACUGGGUCUGGGACCCCAAUGAGGAGCGUAAGCGCUUGGAAAGGUGGCAACAGGAGCAGGAGCGCCUCCUACAGGAGCAGUACCAGAGAGAACAAGAGAAGCUGAAGAAGGAAUGGGAGAAAGCACAGCUAGAGGUGCAAGAGGAGGAGAGGAAACACAAUGAAGAGGAGAGACGGAUUCUAGAGGAGACUGUCGCACCCCUUAACCCCACCGGUUUGGUGACCCAGCCGUCAGAACAGACAGUGAGGACUUCCUCGGCUCCAGAAAGCAACAGCGCAGACAGUCCCCUGCAGCACAACGGCCAAAGAAUCUCCAUGGGGAACGAGGAUCAGCACGCAUCAAAGCUGCAUUUUUUCCAAGAUUCUUCACCUGAUAGUGAAACUUCUAAGAAGGAACUGUGGAAAACAUCCUCUCUGGACCGCAACCCUCAGUUGAACCAGGCACAGAUUGUUAAAAGAUCUGGAUCACACGAUGGUGUCACAACUAAACAGCAGUGCACUCCUUCAACACAGCAGCCUCCUUCACCCAGCAGGUGUGUUAGUGGAAAGCGUCUUUGUUCGGGUUGUUCUCAGCCUCUGGGAAAAGGAGCUGCUAUGAUCAUCGAUACGCUGGGACUGUUUUUCCACAUGCAGUGUUUCAAGUGUGGAGUGUGUAAAGGGCAGCUGGGCGACGCCACUGCAGGGACUGACGUAAGGAUUCGUAAUGGACUGCUCAGCUGUCACGAGUGCUAUAUCGCAUCUCGGGGCCGGGGUCAGCCCACCACACUAUGACGACCUUUGGAACGGGAACUGGAACUUUCGCCUGGACAGAGAACCAUUCUAGAACCUUGAGUCACAGACGGGAUGUAAUCCUCACAGCCUGGAUUUAGUUUUUGUUCUUUUUUUUUUUUUUUCCUUUCUGAAACGCUCAAACAGAGAACCUGCACUGACGACCAGUGGAGUAAAUGACACAACAACAACAACAUGCACAUACACUACUAUUGAUGUGCUUCUUAACUGUACGCAGGUAUACACUUCUUUAUGAUAUGUGUAGCAUGGAUGUAAUCAAGAUAUCAAUAUGCUAAAGCCUUUGCACAACCAACACAUAGAUAAGGAUCUCUUCUGUCACAAGCUAAACAUGUUUCUGUCUUUAACACACACAGUGGUACCUGGAUCUUGACUCAUUAACUCCUGCUUCUGCACUGAUCAUGUGACUCCACUCUCUGAGUGUGAUGCAAAGUGGUUUGGGUUGGAUAACUUGAAGUAUCUUGACCAUUAGAAUGCCUUACUCAUAGCUUCUCAUUCAUUUGGGUUUUGCGUUUACAGUUUUGCAUGAAAAACAAACAUAUAUAAGUUAUUGUGAGUAUUGCUCAGAUGGAUAGUGAGUUGAUGUUUACCCAUCCUCUCGUAUGUUGUAUCUCAUCCAUUUGAAUUUUAGAAAUCUGCCUAACGUACCACGAGCUUUUUUUCUUUAUAACUAAUUUUACAUGAAUGAGAAUGCAUGUUAUUAAAUAAUAAUACUUGUUCUUUGGAUUUUAAACAUUUUCCCUUUAGGAUGUUUUAGCCAUUGUUUCUUCUGAUAGACUGCAUCUGAAUCAGUGCCUUAUGUAAUGAAUGCGAGGGCGAGAGUGUACUGGAUGUGCAGGAGUAUUUCACACUCACACUGACCUCGGGGUCUAGGCACAUUGUGUUUGUGUGUGCGUAUGUGUGUAAGUAUGAAUGUAAUGUAUGAUUCAACUUGAAGCACAGUUCCAUACCAGCAAAAAAAGAAUAAAACAAAAAAAAAACCUAACCUUCUUUAUCACCUGCUGUCCAUUUCCAAUUAACUAAACCAAUGAUAAAACGUUAUUUGCUGCUUCCCUGUUAAUUAGUCCUGCAUCUAAUAACAGUUCAUAAUGUCCUAAAAUCUCUCCUCGUUUGCCUCUAUCACAAGCGUUGCCUCCCCAGAGUAUGAUCUGAACUCCUCUCUCCUCUGUCUGAACACCAGACAGCAGCUUCGUCGCUCAGAGGAACAGAGCUCAGUUCAUUGUCUUUUAUAGCAACUGUAUGUUUAUCAAUAAAAUAUUUUAAAUGGGA